CUUGAUUUAGAUGAAUUUAUUCUCCAGGAAAAAACCCGAAGUAGUAUUAAGAGAAAAUCAACGUAUUUUAAACCGAACAAUACGAGAGCUCGACAGAGAAAGAAUAAAAAUGGAACAACAAGAGCGAAAAGUCAUAUCCGACCUUAAACAAAUGGCCAAUAAAAAUCAAAUGGAUGCUGUCAAAGUAAUUGCCCUCGACUUGGUUCGCACACGAAGACAAAUAAAAAAAUUAAUAAUGAUGAAGAUAAAUAUUCAGGGAGUCGCCUCAAAGUUGGUUAGUCUCAAGUCGAAUGCUUCCAUGGGGAAUGUCAUGUGUUCAGUGGCCAAAACACUUUCUGCCAUGAACCGACAAAUAAAUCUUCCUCAAAUUCAAAAAAUCGCAAUGGAAUUUGAAAGACAGUCAGAAAUGAUGGAGAUGAAACAAGAGGCUAUGGAUGACGCGAUUGAUGACGUUGUAGGAGAUGCCGAUGAUGAUAUUGAGACAGAUAAGGUCGUGGAACAAGUCUUGGAUGAGUUGGGCAUUAAGAUGACAGCAGAUUUGAAUGGUAUUUGUUAUUUGGUCAACUUUUAGCUGUUCAAAUACCUUCAGGAGUGACUUCUUCAAUGAUUAACAAGUUGCCAGAUGUCCCUUCUGGUGAUGAUUUGGACGAACGUUUAAGAAAUUUAAAGCGGCAGU